AUGUCUUUCCCCAGACAGGAACAUGGCCCGGAUCUAGGAGGCGUUUUCCGGGGUAUCCAACGCCCGAGCCAGUCAGUAAUAGUCUUCCUCUCUGUAGUGUCCGGUGGCAAAUUUACAUACAAGCGAGCAAGUGAAAGGCGAGGACAGCACAGCACAGCAAAGCUGAGUAAUGUGGCUUCCGGAAUUUGGAUCUGGGCUCGGAAGAGCAGCAAGCAAAUAAGCAAGCAUCGAGCUCCAAAGUUCAAUACCCACAACAAACCCAAACUCAACUUUGCCCCCGACAAAGCUCUUCCUGGACACGUAAGAACCUUUUCUCAGCUAGGCAGGUCCCUACAUGCAUCAAUCCAUUUCCAUCCAGUCUCGAGCCCAGCUUCACAGUACAGGACAGUCAGAACAUUAGGUUUUACCUACUCAAGCCCCCUUCAUUGUUCACAUGCCGGGAUUAGUGUAUUGUAA